ACAAGUUGCAUAACUGACCCUGAGCAGUUAAAUCAAGUCAGCAAGAUAAAGCAAGGUAAAAUAAGAAGUUCUGAAACUGACAUAUUGAAACACACAUGCAAUGUUAUAGGCAUUGAGGGGUUUUACAAUCAGGAGGACAACUACUAUUCUACUAAUAAAUCCAAUUGCUUACAAGAGUUCUUCAGUCCACUGGAUGUAGCUUACCUGGAAGGAGAAAGUUCUACAAACCUUGAGCUUCACUAUCUGCCUUUUAAUAUGGGAAAACGUUACUGUGCCAUAAUUUUCAUCAAUGAGCAGAUUGGGGAAUUUGUGUACCUGGUGGAAGGAACAUGUGGCUUACCGUUGCCUUCAGCCUUGCUUCCGAUGGAUAGUCCAAAUGUUCUACGCAUUAGCAGUAUGUUAGAAGGUCAAAGUGAAAUGCAGCCAGUGCUUUGCCUGAAAUGUUGCCUUACUGAUAUACUGAGAGAAAAGCUAAAGAUCCCCCUGAUCAAUGAAGCAAGGGAGAAGGCUCUGGCUAUUGCAGCACAACAGCAGAUGUCUGCUUUGGAGUAUGAGCGAAGAAAGGUCACUGGGACGCUUGAGAGCAGCAGUGUUCGUGUGGCAGUUGCAGCCCUGGGGCUGUCAACAGUUAAGCUCAAAAUGAUCUCUGAAAUGUUGCUUUUGGGGGACAGUGGACCUCCUCCCUCCCAGAAUAGCAUGAAGAGAAGCCAAAGGUUUGCUGUGAAAGGCAUUAAAGAAUAA